UUAUGAAUGUGGAUGAUCUCUUCGAUGAGGACACUGAAGUAGCAGAUGAGGCAAGCUUACCAACUCGGCACAGGGAGUUAAGACAAAUAGCAAUACGAAACACCGAAAAAAUGCGAAAGAAAAUUCGAGACCGGCUCCUCAAGAGUAAAUCGAGCGAUAAAUACUUUGAAGUUGGAUCUGUGGUCCUCUCAAUUCCACGUAUUGACUGA